ACAGACAAAAAUCCACAUUGAUGACUGCAAAGGAAAUGCUUCUGAUGUCAUGCAUACAAUGACCAUUUUGAGGCAUGCGAUGCUGCUAGCCGUCGGUACGCUAGCGUCUGUGCGCAGGAGCACGCCAUUGGAUUUCGUUUGUAUCUCUUGAGAUCUUACAUACACCACACGCAAUUGUCGUCGGGUAAGGGAAAAGAGGAAGCGCUGGUACUGUCUAAAAGGCGUCUUGGAAGAGCUGGAAGAAUUGCGUUUGGGUUGACCUCAGGGUAGCGUUUGUGGGCGGCUUGAUAAGAGAAAGUCCCAGCCAGAAGGCAUCGCAGAAACCACAAUGUCGAAAGCAGAUCACGAGCUAGAACUUUCGGACCAAGGCGGCCUCAAGCGGACUCUUAAGGACCUCUUCGCAGGCGCCGUAGGAGGCGUAGCACAAGUCCUUCUCGGCCAACCCUUCGACAUAGUCAAAGUACGAUUACAAACAACAUCCCAAUACAGCGGCGCUCUGGAUGCCGCAACACAAAUUUACAAAAACGAAGGCGCGUCAGCUUUCUACAAGGGCACUGCUGACUCCCCCUGAUCGGGAUCGGAGCAUGCGUAUCUGUCCAAUUCGGUGGCUUCCACUACGCCCGCCGCGCGUUUGAAGCGCAAAACACCGCAAAAGGAAACCCGGCCCAACUCUCCUACGCGCAGUACUAUGCCUCGGGCGCAUUUGCCGGAAUUGCCAAUACCGUGCUGUCCAGCCCAAUCGAGCACAUUCGCAUCCGCCUCCAGACGCAGCCCCACGGCGCAAACCGCCUGUACACCGGCCCCAUCGACUGCGUGCGCAAGCUGUCCGCGCAUCAGGGCGUCCUACGCGGCGUGUACCGCGGCACAGCAGUGACAUACAUGCGUGAAGCGCAAGCCUACGGCGUCUGGUUCACGACAUUCGAGUACCUGAUGAACGCGGACGCCGCGCGCAACAACAUCAAGCGCGACGACAUCAGCACGUUGAAAGUAGCCAUGUACGGCGGCCUCGCGGGCGAGAUGCUGUGGAUUAGCAGCUACCCGUUCGACGUGGUGAAGAGCAAGAUGCAGAGCGAUGGGUUCGGCAAGGACAUGAAGUAUCUGAGCAUGCGGGAUUGCUUCGCAAAGACUUAUAGAGCGGAAGGACUGGGCGGGUUUUGGAAGGGCAUUGGGCCGACGUUGUUGAGAGCUAUGCCUGUGAGUGCGGGCACUUUUGCGACAGUGGAGAUUGUGAUGAGGAUGAUUAGUUGAGAGGCGAGGCUGGGAGAAUCUGGGGAUGCUGGCUCUGCGCAUGUCGUGCAGACUGUACCUGUACCGUUUCAACACUUGGAGGGAAUUAGUAGGGAAGAUAUCUUGCCCGUUAUCCCCAGCCUGUAGUGCGACUGAUUAGUAAACUGAUGGUCCAC